GCUCGAAGCAGAUGAGGCGAAGGGCGUGUAGUUUUACCGAGCAGCCGAGCAGAAAAGUCCCGCAGUCGCGCGGAGACGGAGUGAGAGGCGCACGCGCUCGCUACAAACCAACAACGGCUGUUCUAGACAUAUCUGUAAACCAUCACAACUUCUCGACAGAGAGAUUAGAGACUGACGUCCUGUGAUUACCGACCGCGGUGUGGAUUAUAUGGCCGUGACGCCGUCGGACGCAGAGCCGUCGGUGGGUCUCGCGCUCCGUGUGGACUGAGCUCGAGCUCGCGCGCGUGACGGAUCUCCGCCUCGCACGGUUGUCAUACAGAGGCUUUUAACCCCGUGCACAAGGUGUGGACUAUGUUUAAUGUGAACGCUUCCUGCUCUGAUACCCCCUUAAUCAGAUUAUGAAGAUUUCCCAGUCCAGCGUCAAUGACAGGUAAGAUGGAAACGCCUUUCUACCACGAUGACACGCCGAGCGUUCCAAACUUCGGACAACUUCCAGACUACGAUCGCUAUCAAAGCCACAAGAUGAUGAGUAAGAAGAACAUGGCCAUGCACAAUUUCCACGGAGUGGUCGGAGGCACGCAGGGUCUGAAGCUGCUGCAGAGCCAAGCCGGGAGCAGCGUCAACCCCAACCUGGGCAUGAACAGCAACCCGAACGGCGCUCUGAUGUCGUCGUCCGAUAUGAACCUCUUGAAACUCUCCAAUCCCGAUCUGGAGCACUUGAUCAUCCAGUCUAACCAGGGGCUGGUCACAACAAGCCCAGCACCGAGCUCUUCCACUAACACUUUCAUGUACAGGAACCAGGCCACAAACGAGCAGGAAGGCUUUGCAGACGGUUUCGUCAAAGCUUUGGCAGAUCUGCACAAACAGAACCAGUUGGUCGGGGCUCCCAUAUCCCCAUCAUCCUCCAUUCAGGGGCCGUAUCAAAGGAACCUCAUGUCAAGCACAGACAUGCCGAUCUACACCAACCUGAGCAGUUAUAACCCCAACCAGCUCCCUACAUCGUACCCUGGAGGUCAGCUCUCUUACGGCGCGGCACACGCUGCAGCCCACUCCAGCCAGGGGCAAGGUCAUCACCCUCACGGCAGAGGUCUUGAUGCCCCUCAGACCGUUCCAGAGGUUCCUCACCCCCCUGGAGGAGAUCCAACCGGUUCUCCGCCUUCCCUCUCACCUAUUGACCUCGAGACCCAGGAGAGAAUCAAGGCCGAGAGGAAGAAGCUGCGGAACCGUAUCGCGGCCUCCAAGUGUCGCAAGAGGAAGCUGGAGCGCAUUUCACGCCUGGAAGAGAAGGUGAAGGUGCUGAAGACACAGAACUCUGACCUGGCAUCUACUGCCAGCAUCUUGCGCGAGCAGGUCGCGCAGCUCAAACAGAAAGUCAUGAACCACGUAACCAACGGCUGUCAGAUCGCAGUCGGAUCGGCCAGCAUGGCCAAGAGCAGCGAGAGCACCAGCUGCUGAAGGUCCUUUUUUAUUUCCUUCGCUCUGAACUCUCUAUUUCCCUUCUGUUACUUCAAGUCGCUGUGAAAGAUGAACAGCGAAAACCGAAGAAGGCUUGAAAGAGAACGGAAACCUCGUCCUGACACAGAACCUCGCAGACAAGGCACACACACACACAGAGAGAGAGAGAGAGAGAGAGAGAGAGAGAGAGAGAGAAAACCUCACACAGCAACUUGUCAUGUCAGAGCGAUCUCUCUCUCAGCUGUGUUCUCUGGCCAAAAGGAAAUAUUCUCUCCUUGCGUACAGACUGCGACGCCUUGCGUCGCACUUACAAGCCGUUUCACAUCGAACUGCACUUUUUACUCCAUCGGGUUAAUAAGGACCGAGACUCCGACUCAGAGCAAUACCAACCGAACCCGACACGUGAGGGACGACUCGAACGGAAACAACGAGCGACUCUCAGCUGGGAUUCCUCCGACUCGAAAAAAAUGUUUUAUCUCCCCUGAGGAUGAGCAGCUUGUGAAAAAAACAAAGAUUUUACACUUCACUUUGAUGGGAGUACGAUCUCACUUACAGUCGCAGGGUAACUUUUUUUUUUUUUUUUUUUUCCCCCGAACAACAUGCACUAUUCUGCAAAUCUGAACUUUUCUACGUUGAUAAAUACAAACCCACAGUGACCCGGAAGCACGAGCGAAAUUUCCUCUGUUCCGGAUUCGAAGGCGUCCGCACAGAAAGAUACACAGCUAAAAAUAAAUGACGCCGUUCGUAUGAAUAUUCAGUAUGUCAAAAGUGUUGUGGUUAAGUGGAGACUUAUUUGUUGCAGUCCAGUCUGAGUGAUUAUACAUUGAAUCCUUUGUGCAUCCGUCGGUUCGUUUGAUAUCGUGCAAUUUGUGAACGCAAAAUACAGGAAAAGUUCCUCUUUGUUUUUUUCCUUUUUUAAAUUUUUUUUUUUUAAAAUAAUCUUUAAGCAAAGUAUUUUAUAAGUAUUAUUUCAUGAUUGACUGUGUUUACUAUAUUAUAUUAUAUAUUAUAUAUUAUAUAUUAUAUUAUAUUAUGAACAAGAACACAAGGUCGGUCCCGUGCAGCACUUUUUUUAACGGCAUCCCAUAAAAUUCCUGAACAUUCCCGAGACCUUUUGCACUGUAUUCAGUGGGUUGUGUUUUAACGCCUCGUGGCUGCUCUUUUUAAUUUAAACCGCUGAGGCUUUAAUAAAAAGGGACGUGUUUCCAGAUGAGGGCUUGGAGCCAGAAAAGGGCUUUCGAUCAAUAGUAUUUUGCUUUUGUUUUUUUUUUUUUGUUUGUUUUUUUUUUUUUUUUUAAAAUUUCUUAAAAAAAAAAAAAAAACAAAACAAAAAAAAACAAAAAAAAAAAUUUAUUUAUGCAAAAACUUUAUCUAUGAUAUUUAUGUUGUUUAUGUAAAAGGACUGUACAGGUUUAAAAUACCGGUGUCGUGUUGGCACUUUUGUUAUUUUUUUGUUUGCUUUUUUUUUUUAUUAUUAUUGUUAUUAUUUUUUUUGGGAACUACAUAGUUGCACAUAAAGUCGAAACAGUAAACGAUGUCUAAUAUUUAUCCUUCGUGUACAGCGUAAUAGUUUGCCUUUGUUUUUGUUGGAAACAAAUAAAACGUCAAGAUUGUUGAAUUUUUGGUACGAAGAAUCAAUCCAGAACUAGUUUACUUCAUAUUCACUUUAUAAAGGUUUAGAAAUAACGAUCCUACAGCAGGAAAGGAAUUUUCAGAAUUUUUUUGUUUGUUUGUUUGUUUGUUUGUUUUUUAAAUUGAUGAAAUUGCGCUUCGUUCAGUCUAGGAGCGAAGUCAAAGAUCUUUUGAUUUUUGUCAAAAUUUCUAUUUGAAAUUUGUCACAAAAAAAAAAAAAAAAAAAGCACUUUUAAAGGCUGAUCUUGUCAUUCUGGCUCCUGAGUUAAAAUGCAUGAGGGUGUUUAAAGCAUCUGUGCUUAAAGCUAAUACUGUAAGUUAGCAUUAGUUCAAACGACUGGCGAAAUCUGUUCAUAAAAAUCUCUUUAAACGUUUACGACGUCUCGUUUACGACGCCUCGAAACCUGAGCGCAUGACGACGUUUCAAAGCGUCAAACGUGAUAAUAUUGUCUUCGUUUCAUAAGUAUUGGCACCUGCCUACUCACAGCAGCUUGCUUUUUUUUUCUAAGGUGAUUGACGCUCACGCAGAGCGAGAACUCUUAUCGUGUUGUUGGUGCACUGAAUUUCUGUCCAACUGCCUUUCCUACUAAACAAAUACAUGAAAUCUUUAUUUAUAUAGAAAUCUCUCUCUUUGUCUAUAUAUAUAUAUAUAUAUAUAUAUAUAUAUAUAGAUAUAUAUCUAUAUAUAUCUAUAUUCUUAUCAGUCCCAAUAAGGGUUUGAUCCUGAACUGUCAAUGAACCUUUUCUGAGCGUCAAAAGGGAAAUAUUUAUUUUUGAAACUUGAAUACUGUUAUGUAUUUUUUUCUUUUCUCUCUUUUGGUUGGUUUAAUUUUUUUUUUUUUUUUUUGGAUGUCACAAACUUCUAUUUUUGUACAAAGAAAAUGCAAAAUGUUUUAAUGAAGAGAGAACAGUAAAUGUGCAUACUGUACUUUGGCUGGUAGACCUAUCCUCAUUCCAGUAAUACUUUAUUUAUUGAGCUGGUUUUGAACAUUUUUGACGCUUCGAGCAUUUCCGCCUCUCGUGAAGUGAGAUUUCAAGAAGAAGAAGACGAAAAAAAAAACACCUGACACGUUUACUAGCACGAAAUCCUGAAGGUUUACGCUAAAGAAGGACUCUUUUUUUUGUUGUUGUUGUUGUUGUUGUUGUCUGAGGACAAUCCAUGAUGUGCACUUGAGGCCUUUUAGGACUUUCUUGUAUCUGAUCCGACGUUUACGGCUUUGUGUCACGUUAGACUGGGAGAAACCGCGAGAAUUCGAGUGUUUUACGUUUAUUUUCACACUAAACUUAACCUGUUUGUUAAAGCUGUGAGACGGUUCACGAUAACGGUCCUGAUGGAAAGGUGCGGGUCAGUAACCGAGACGUUCUCUCUGUCUGCCGCACCGUCUGGCCAAAGAUAUCAACACUUUCAUCAGACAGUAUUAGCUUCCUCUAAUAAAGAAUCCAAAUUUUUAAAUUGAUCACGAUACAAAAGAGUCAGACGUUUCUGUAGUGAUCACGACUGACAUAAAUAGAGCUUUGGAAUUAAAAGGUUUUUUGUUUGGUUGUUUUUUUCCCCUUGUAUUUGGGGUUGGAGUUGGAGAGGUGUUCGCUUUUCCUCAUCAUCCUCUGCUCUUUCCUGUCUUCAUCUUUCCCCCUCGAAUGGGAACCGUAGUCUCCGUACACUCACAGGACGACGUGACUAAGGGGCGACUUGCCUUGCUUUCGAUUCAUGGUUGUUGUUGUUGCUGGUGGUGGUGUUUUGUUGUUGUUGUUUUUUUAUUGUUGUUUUGUUUAUUUUUUAAAUAUUGUUCCUUGUUUUCAUGUUUUCUAAUCAAUAAAGUCGUAGGUUUCUGAA